CUCGCCACGAGGUUUUUCGGAAUGUCCUGACAUCACUCUAAAGCUAUUUAAGUCGUCGAUUUGACGAUUAGUAAAACCUGCGAUGGACAUACACGCGCGUCUCCUCGACGUACAAGUCGUGUACAUACAUUUUUCAUUCGUGCUGUUUUCCGAUAAAACUCGACACGCAAAAAAAAAAAUUCUUAUCACUCGACCGUUAUCGGGCAAUUUCGAUGAAAUCGUCGGUCGAUUGAUAUACUAUAUAUUUACACGUGCGGACGGGAGCUUAUAGCGAUGAAUACAUUGGAGAAAUUUCUUCGCGUUACGUAAUAGUCAGAGUUCCGAAGGCUUUUCGACAGCUCGUAAUAAUACGACGGCAUUAGUGCAGUGAUACCUGAUGCGGAUACAAGCGCACACGCGGUACGAGUGUGUGUUGCGCAAACUCGCGAUGCGUCGCCUCGUCGUCAGCUUCUAAUGCGCCGACGAAAAGUCAUUUGUGGGAGCGUAAUGAGGAGAUUUGCAACCCACAAUUAUCGCAAUUCUUCGCGUGAGCGAGCUCGCACUGCGCGAACCGCUUAUGUACAAAUGUACAAUGUUGAAGCGCGACGAGCGCGCAAAAAGUUGAAUUUCGCGCCACCUGUUGUUUACUCGCGCUCUGCGCGCGCGCAGCCGAUGUUAUGCGUACACUAUACCUACCGACGAUCGGCAAUCGCGAAAAAACAUUCGAGAAGCAGCGGCUGUACGUCCCCCGGCACGACUAUAUGUGCAAAGUGCGAAAAUGUCGUAACCCGUCCUUUUCUCGGUUAACUCUAGCUAUAUAUACAUGCAAAACGCGAAAUCUAUCUUGGGUCGGGAGCCUUGAAGACGAGCAGCUGCUUUGAAAAAUUCCGCGUCAGUGUACCGCUCGGCGGAUCGUCGAAUUAUACCGACUAGCCGCACAGCAGCGUACUGCGUAAUCCAAGAGUCAAAGGUACGGUUAGGAAGGAUUCUCUCACUUUUAUAAAUAAAUCGUCCAGUCCGGCGAUCUUUUGCGCAGUGUCUCUCUUUCCUCCUCGCGACAAAGGAAGUGUGGCUCUCAUACUUACGUUAGCGGGCGGUAUGUUCUUUUCGCUUACAGUGGCGUCGGGGCUAAAAGGUAGCGAAAAUUGAGGCUGCACUGCUGUCGAGUUUGCCUUCGAGCUUGAAGGCCAUCCUCUGGGGUCCGAGCCUAGCCCGUUGGGCGCUCGCGGCUCCGGAGCGCGGAGAGAUGUCGAUUAGGACGGCAGCCCAGCGCCUGAUACAAGAUGGUCGGCUUCUCCUGCGCUCCCUCAGAAAUCCGGAGCACUAUCGCAACACGACCAGAGGGCACUUCAACAAAAUACACGUUGCACGAGUAGGCGAGUCCCAGGGCCAUGUACCAAAAGGUACUGGCGAUGUAUCAUCGGCUCGGAGUCACCUUGGCUUCCUGGGAGCUCAAGCACGUCGUCUGUUUGUCGACAGCAUCCUCAAGCGUGUGACCAACACCCUAGCUGCUGAUCUGAGACGACGUGCUGCCAGUAGGUUGCUCUUCGGUGGUGAUUCUGCUCCGUUCUUUGCUCUGGUGGGAAUCUCACUGGCAUCCGGCACUGGCAUUCUCACUAAGGAGGAUGAACUCGAAGGUGUCUGCUGGGAAAUCAGGGAGGCUGUUAUGAAGUUACAAUGGAACAAGCCAAGAAAUGACAAAAAUUAUGAAACGACCUUAACAGAUGACAACCAAAUUAGUUUGCAAAAUUUUGUAAUAGGACCACUGAUAGCAAAAGGCUGUUCAGCAGUAGUGUACGCAGCUAGGACAAAGAACAGCGAUGAUAAUCAAAACAGUGAAGAGAUAACAAUUGAUAGAAGCAGCAAUAUAACUUCUUUUCCAUUAGCAAUAAAAAUGAUGUUCAACUAUGAUGCUGAAUCCAAUGCAACAGCGAUUCUAAGAGCGAUGUUCAGGGAAACGGUUCCUGCCUGGAAACAUUACAAAAAUGAGGAACUGUCCCAUUGGGAGCAAAAAAUGGCAGAUAACAAGAAAACCUUACCAGCCCAUAGUAAUAUUGUGGCGAUGUAUUCCGUUUUUGCUGAUAGAGUACCUUUCCUGCCUGGCUCUAUAAAAAUGUAUCCCGAUGCUUUGCCAGCAAGACUUAAUCCAGAAGGUUCUGGCAGAAAUAUGAGUCUUUUUUUGCUGAUGAAAAGAUACGACGUUACAUUGAAACAGUAUGUCAGCGACCGACAGCUUAACACUCGAGAAUCGAUUCUUUUAUUUGCACAGUUGCUGGAAGGUGUAGCUCACAUGAACUCUCACGGAAUUGCUCACAGGGACUUGAAAGCUGACAACAUACUUCUUGACAUCUCGGAAGAAUCCGACAAUUGUCCUACGUUAGUGAUCACUGACUUUGGAUGCUGUUUGGCAGACAAAAAUCAUGGGCUAUAUCUCCCUUAUAACACGCACGAUACUGACAAGGGUGGAAACGCAGCGCUGAUGGCUCCAGAAAUUGUUACGGCUGAGCCAGGCCCCUUCACUAGUCUCAAUUAUACGAAAUCGGAUCUUUGGACUGUUGGUACUAUUGCUUAUGAAAUUUUCGGUAUGAAAAAUCCUUUUUAUGGAAGCGUUAAAGAGAAAGCUAUGCUUAAAAACUACGACUACAAAGUCGAGGAUCUUCCUCCUCUACCCGAGACGGUUCCAGAAAUAAUUUCAGCUCUUGUUAGAAAUAUUUUAACGCGCAGUACCUAUAAGCGUCUUAGUGUGGAGAUGGCAGCGACAAUAAUGCAAUUGUUUCUUUGGGCACCCAGUUCCUGGCUUCAAAAAGACAGUAAAAUUCCAUCUAGCAGUGAGAUUUUACAAUGGCUGUUGUGCUUAACAACUAAAGUAUUGUGCGAAGGGCGAAAUGAUUCUUUGGAAGAGCGAAACAGUAUCGAUGCUCAGAAAACAGAAUCACCGCAUCAACUCUCCUAUCGGCGCUCGUUAUCCACGCGAUCCUGCGGAAGGCGUACUAUGCCAGAAUAUCAAUUGAUAGCAAGCUUUCUGGGAAGAGUAAGUUUGUUCAAUAUUCGAGAAGGAUUUAAAUGGAUCCAAAGAAACAACUAUGUCUAGAAAAGAAAAAAUUGUUUUCUAAUUUACUAUUCAAUUCAGGAGUUAAUUUAAAAUUUUAGGCGCAAAUCAAAUAAUGUGUGAAUAUUUUCAAAAUCAUCGCCGAGUCAAGUGUCACUUAACAUUGAUUGUUUUAGAAUCGUCCCAAGUUUAUUUUUGAUACUUAUAGAAGCACAAAAGAGACUGAAAUUUCAAUUCAAUGUUUGUUUUAUUCAAUAAAAGUUUAAUGCAUGUCGGGUUUUUUGAAGACUGUUAUGAAAAUGAAUUGAAAUAUGCUCUUUUGUGAUUCAAGUGCCUUCAAGUCUCUAUUGCAGAGUUUAUGAAUAAAUUUAUUUUGGAACUAUUUAAUUGUUUCAGUCAUAUUUAUUUUGUUAUUAAGCUGAUGAAAACGAAUGAUUGUAUAAUAUAUAAAAAAAAACUACUUUCUGUCAAUUUUUUUAUGAGGUUUAAAAAUUUCACGCUUCACUACUUUUAGGGUAAUGUUAGAAGUGAUGUUUUUCUGUGAUUUUUUUACAACGAUCAUUUCUAAACGAAUGUAUCUGCUUGUAUAUUAUUUUUUAGAACCAUCAAAAUAAACUGAAAAAUCGAAACUUCAAUUAUAAAAACCAUCUGUAAUGAUGUAAAUAUGAUAUUAAAAUGUUAUUAAAUUUAUGUAAAGAGAAUAAUUUAUGUAAGAAUACGGUAAAAAUAAAGUAUGUAUAUAGAUUGAGUAUAAAAA